AUGGAGUCCGACACUUCAGAAGGCAAGACUUUGUUUAUUAGAAAUUUAUCCUUUGAUGUUGGAGAAGAUGUAUUAUUUGACUUUUUCACGAAAUUUGGUCAUCUAGAGUUUGCCAAAAUUGUUAAAGAUCCAGCUACACAACAUUCUCGUGGUUCAGCUUUUGUGAAAUUUUUAAAUGCAGAAGAUGCAUCAAGUGUUUUACAACAGUCUGCUAGACCAGAGUGUGCUCAUCAGUUUGUUCUGGAUAAUCGAACGUUAAAUAUCUCCAUUGCUGUUUCUAGAACUGAGGCAGAAAAUUUGCGUAAAAGAAAGUCAACUAAUGAUAAUGAGCUAGAUUCAUCAGAGGACACUAAAACUUCUGUUAGCGCUUUAAAACACAAAGGACGCAAUCUUCACUUAGCAUCUAUUGGAAUCAUUCGUCCAGGAACAAUUGAAGCUAAAGAUUUAAGCAAAGAAGACUUGGCUAAACGAGAUGAGCUGUUACGUGAAAAAAAGAAAAAGUUAACUGAUCCAAACUAUUUCAUCAGUGAUAUCCGACUGUGUAUACGUAAUCUACCAUUGAAUAUUGCUGAUAAUGAUUUGAAAGCAACCUGCUAUAAAUAUGUAAAAGAGAAAACUUGUCGAAUUUCCGAGUGUCGUGUUAUGCGUAAUCUCCAGCCAGGAAGACAACAAUAUCGUUCACUUGGUUAUGCAUUUGUCACUUUUGAUAAUCAUGAAAAUGCUUUACGCGUAUUAAAUGGCCUGAACAAUAAUCCAAAUGCAUUCCCAUCAAGUAAUCGUAGACCAAUUGUUGAAUUUUCAGUAGAGAAUAUGAGAGCAUUACAAUUGAAAGAGAAAAGAGCUCAAAAAAGUUCUGCGAUUCAUUCAAAAACAAAAGAUACUACAUCACCAUCGUCACAACCUUCUACACUGGCAAACAUGAUCAAUAAUCCUGAAGUAUACCAGAAAUAUAAGAAAAAUCUAAAAAAGAAGACACCUUUAGUGAAAAAGAAGAAUUCAUCCCAGAAAUUAGGCUUGCCGAAACAUUUUGGCGCUAAAAAACGUCAUCGUAAUCGCGGAUUGUCGUCUACCGGCGGUGGUAACAGCAAACCGAAGCAAAAGAAGAGUCGAAAACAGAAACGUAUGCAAAAGGGCUCGAUGUAA